AUGAGCCAAGAGAGCCCAAAGUCGAGAGCAAUAUUACUGUCACAGAAAUACAGAUUUGGAAGAAAAGAAUUCAAACCCCGAAUCAAAAAAUCGCAAAAGAUCAACCCAAUGCCCAACUUAAUAGAUUCUAUCAAGGCAGAAGCUUCAAGAAAAUCAUCUGUAAAUACAGCGAUAAACAAAAGCAAUGAAAUGGAGAUUGUUGAAAACUCACCACUAAAAUUAGGAAAAGAAGCUCUAGAGCACAACUUGGCUUCAACCAAUAAAUUCGGCUUACUGGCAGAACUAGAGAAUCCCGAAAAGAGUGCAGGUAGCCUACUACAAUUCGUAAAAGAGAAAAAUGUAAAAGAACGAAAUCGAAGGGGCUACAAGACCGGUGCACUCCGAAAUAAGAACGUAGAACAGUCGAAGAACACAAACAAGUCAGGAAUAACAGGAAUAACAAAAGAGCAAAGUGACCCAGGAAGACAGUCUCAGGGAAAAACUGACACGAGCCAAGCCAUGGGCAGAGCCUUGAACAGAAUAGGGCAGGCCAAAGCCUUCCUUCAGGAAGUUAACACUAUGUUUUACACCUACAUUCAAAAAACUGAGAAACCACAAACGCUAUUAAUAAAGGGACUGAACAACAUCUACAGCAACGAAGAAAUUCUAAAAGAAUUACAGAAGCAAAACAUUCCUGACAUAUCACCAAAUAGUAAUGCAAAUAACGUUGUCAAAAUAAAAUACAUCCACCACCAGGUAAUUAAAUGGGAAAAGUUAAAAAAAAAAGAAAUUACUCAGUGUCAUAAAUGUCAAAUGAUAGGUCACACGGCACGAAACUGUUCCAUGGAUUAUCGUUGCGUCAAAUGCAACGAACCCCACGAACCAGGAAUGUGCAAGAUUCCAAAGACAGCUGAAAUAGAAAAGGAAAAAACAUACUGCGUCAAAUGCAAAACAUACGGGCACUCCGCAUCAUAUAGGGGAUGCCCAAUGUUUACCAUAUUAAAGGAAAGACUGAAACAAAAAAUCGAAAACAACAAACAGAAAGUAGACAACAAGAUUAUAAAAAUAGCCAAAAAAGUUGACCCAAACAUUUCAUUUUCAUCGAUAGUCAAAAAUUCAAACGUCAACGAAAAUGAAAAUACCACUACUAAACCAAACAACGCGUUCAAUAACCCCACCGAAAUCCUAAGUACCAUACUUAACUCGAUAAACGACAUAAAAAACGCUAUCAUAUCCAUGGAGCAAAGAUCUAGAGAAAAUGAAGAAAGAUUAGAUAUUUUCUUUGAUGCCCUUCAAAUUGACUAG